AUGAUAAUUACAAUUAUUGGAGCGACUGGAACCCAAGGAGGCUCAGCUAUCAAACAUCUGCUUCAAGAUAGCUCAAGCGGGCACACCAUUCGCGCGAUCACUAGGAAUCCCGAUGGCGACAAAGCACAGGAUCUGAGCCGGCAGGGAGUGCAGGUCGUGAAGGGCGAUCUAGACGACGUCAUUUCCUUAGAGAAGGCCGUUAGUGGAUCAAACGCUAUAUUUGCAGUGACAGAUUUCUGGACAAUGUUCGCUCAAUCGGGCAAAGAAGCCGCUGCCGCUCGUGAGACGCAGCAAGGCAAGAAUAUUGUUGACGCGGCUGAGGCUACGAUCGAUACGCUCGAGCAUUUUAUCUGGUCGACCUUGGCAGAGACUGCUCACAACAGUGAGCAAAAAGCGAUUGUUCCACAUUAUGAGUCGAAAGUGGCAGUCAACCGCUACAUCGAGAGCAAGCCGGGCCUUCUUGCUAAAACGACAUUUCUAUGGUCUGGAUACUACGCCAGCAACUUCGCUCGAGGAUGCCUAAAGCCUGUGUAUAUGCCUAGUGCUAGCACAUUCGUCCAAAUUCAGAGCGUGCCCGGAAGUACACCCAUGGCGUUCAUUGGCGAUACCGCAGCCAACCUCGGGGCUUUCAUCAAAGCUAUUUUCGAGAAGCCCGAAGAAACGCGGGGUGGGAAGAUUGUACACGCCUUCAUCGAAAAAUCAUCCCUGGAAGAGCUUCUCCAAAAGUGGGCAGAAGCUCAUAAGGUGACAGGCGUGUAUGUACAGGUCUUUCGUGAUUCGUAUUAUGCUCUAUUUCCGGGAGAGGGUGAAGAAAUGGACCUUGGUAUGAGGUUUUGGGAUGUCACCCGGGGCAAGGAUCUGGCUCCAAAGGGGCAACUUCUUACGUACAAGGAGCUAGGAGUGGAUUUGUCAAACUUAGUUAGUUCAGAAGAGUCCUUUGCUCGAUUGCCCCUGUGA